UUUACUUCUGGAGGAAUCUCCUGCUGCUUCUGCUGUCUAUACGAACUGCAGCAGGUUCAGGACAAUGAGUUCAGUGUUUGUCAUCUAAAGUGAUGGAAAAUCAAACAAUCCUCUUUUUCUCCAUGUUUGAAAAUCUGGGGUAUCUCCAAUACUUGUACUUUAUUUUGGCAUUGAUCCUGUACUGUACUAUAUUGUUCUUCAACAUCAUUAUCGUCCUUGUGAUAUUUCUGGAACCUACACUGCACCAGCCUAUGUAUAUUUUGAUUGCAUGUUUGUCUGUCAAUUCUCUGUAUGGUACAGCUGGCUUUUUCCCAAGGUUGCUAACUGAUUUGCUGUUGGAUUCACACACCAUCUCCCGUCCUGCAUGUCACGUACAGACCUUUGUCAUUUACACUUAUGCAUCAUAUGAAUUUACAAUCUUAAUGUUAAUGUCCUACGACAGAUUUGUUGCUAUAAGUAAACCCUUACAAUACUACAGCAUCAUUACGCCCAAGGUACUUACUGUGAUGAUAGCUAUAUCCUGGAUUUAUCCAAUGUUUUCUAUUGGUGUUGGCAUCAUUUUGAUUAACAGACUACAGCUGUGUGGUAAUAAUAUCAAAAAGUUGUACUGUAACAACUGGAUUAUUGCAAAGCUCUCAUGUCAAAGUGCUCAAAUUGACAACAUUUAUGGUUUUGUUGUGCUAAUAACAACUGUUUUAAUCCCACUGACGUUCAUUAUGUAUACCUAUAUUAAGAUUCUUAUUAUCUGUCAAAAAAGUUCCAAAGAGUUAAGAAAGAAGGCGUACCAUACCUGCCUUCCUCACUUGGUGACAUUUGUUAAUUACUCAAUCACUAUUUUCUGUGAAAUGACCUUUACCCGUUUCGAGAAUUUACAUCCAGCAAUAGCGAUCAUACUUUCACUAGAGUUUCUCAUCAUACCUCCUCUCUUAAAUCCGCUCGUUUAUGGCCUCAACUUUCCUGAUAUUCAGAGAAAAAUUCGACAUCUUCUAAGAACACCUAAACAAACUGUUCACUGCCAGCAUGCACAAUGAACAGAUUUACAUAUCUACAUUUUAUU